AGGAAAUAAAUAGUUGAGAGUUAAAAUGAUCCCACCUCUUGUGAUUUAAAUAAUAAUAAAAGAUAAUGGAAACUAUAAAUAUAUGGCACACUGCUGUGAACUCAAACCACAUUUGUCGAAUAUGUUUACAAGAAAAUGUUGAAUUGUUUUCUAUUUUCCAAGAAACACAUAAAAGUGGAGUAACUAUAGCGCAUAUAUUAUCCGAGUGUUCGCGAUUUCCUGUCAUAUCAACUGAUAACAUAUUACCACAAAAAAUUUGCUCCUUCUGCAUGGAAAAUGCUCGGGAUGCUUAUGACUUUAAACAACGAGUAGAAAAGGCUUAUAUUUCAUUAAAAGGCUUAGAAAAUAGUAUUUUUCGAAGGGAAGGCAAAACAGAACCCCCUAAUUCUGUUUUUAGUGAACGAAGGGAUUUUGGUACACAGACUGAUAAGCUGAGUUUACAUCCAUGUGAAAUGUGCGAAAUGAAAUUUUUCGAUUUGCUGGAACUGCGGCAGCAUCGAAAGCAAGUUCAUCACAACAGUAAAUUACAAUGUCGUAUAUGUGGUGUGCGCUUUGAACGCAUUAGGCAAUUGCGAAGUCAUUUAGUUCACAAGCACCCCAGUGUGGGUAUUGCAUUAGAUAUACAAUGCACAAUAUGUCGCAAGCGUUUUUCUCGAAGAGAACAUUUAAAUCGUCAUAUGCGAAAUGUACACCAUCAAGCUGAAGAAUCGUCAAGCCCUAGGGUUUCUCUAAAGGAACCGGAAAUAGAGCUUUCAAGUCAUGUAAGCAAAAAUAAUGAACAAAACGAUUUCAAAUAUAUUGACACAAAAAGUUCGCCUAUAGAUACACAGAAGCCUGAAAUUUUCCUGAAGUCCGAGAAAAUGUUUAAUGCCAUCGACAACGAUAACUUUGUCGGUCCAUCUCAUUUUUUUGAAUGUGGGCAAAAUCCAUCUGAUGAUGUCGAAAGCGAUAUUAAUAUGGAUACCAACCCCAUAUCAAGUGAUGACGAAGCGCAGAAUAGUGCAGAAUUUUCGGAAGAUAUAUUACCUCAAUUGAAAAUAGAACAUGAAGCUGGUAUCAAAGUAAAAUGUGAAUUAGACGCAUCAGUGGAUGAUUUCGACAUUAUACGCAUGUCUCCUGAUUGGGACCAGAGCAGAUCACAAGAUGGCAUUAAAAAAGAAUCUGAAUUUUCAAAUGAUGGAGAUAUGCAGAAUUUGAGUGUCCGGAAACGAAAGUUAAACAGAAGUGAAGAGCCAGAAACUGAUGUCGCAGAGCGGCGCCGUAUUACAGAAGUAGUUGAUGAAUUUCUUGCCCAAAAUUCUGCCGUGGACCAAACAGCAAAUUCUGAAAAUCGAUGCACGAAGUGCCAGCGAACUUUUUCGCGUCAUUGUCAUCUACGACGUCAUAUGUUGACCCAUGUCGAAGAAAAAGCGCACGCAUGUAGCUAUUGUCCAAAGCGAUUCGCGCGUAGCGAUCACUUAAAAAAACAUAUUAUAAACUUGCAUCAUACGAAAGAAUUCAAAUGUGAUCAAUGUAACAGCGCAUUUGCACGUUCUGUAGAUCUGGCGAAGCAUAUAGAAACCCGUCAUGGUAACGAUCCUCAGGCUCAUAAGAUUCAUAAUUGUGAAUAUUGUGGGAAAAAAUUUACAAGCCGAACUUACCUUCGAAAACAUGUACUGAUGCAUACAGACCGCGUAUUUGCUUGCAAAUUUUGCGAGGACACUUUUAAGGAACGUAAAGCUUUGCGUGAACAUGAGAAGGGUCAUCAUAGUGAUCGAAGAAAUUUCCUUUGUUCAGUAUGCGGUGAAAGUUUUGUACGCAAUGAUUAUCUGCGUGUACAUAUGCGACGUCAUAAUGGCGAAAAGCCAUAUAAAUGUCAAUAUUGUGGAAAAGGUUUUCCACGUGCCACUGAUGUUAAAAUACAUGAAAGAUAUCAUACGGGUACCAAACCAAACUUAUGUAAUCUAUGUGGCAAGGGUUUCCAUCGUGCUUACAAUCUAACCAUUCAUAUGCGUACUCAUACUGGAGAAAGGCCUUUCAAAUGCGAGGAAUGUGGCCGUGGAUUUGCUCAAAGCAAUGAUUUAAAAGCACAUAUACGACGACAUACAGGUGAACGUUUCAAAUGCCCUGAAUGUGAUGCAGGGUUCCUACAAAUGUAUGCACUUCGACAACAUGCACUUGCAGCUCAUGGUAUAUACAUGGAGCCUGCAACGGGUCGUUUACAGAGAUUCGCUACUAGUGAAGUGCCGGCACUAGUUGUAGGAGGAAUUCCUACCAACAAUUUGGUAGAAUCAAGUGGAGAUCAUGUAGAAAUUAUGCAACAUCAACCUCAUCAGCAAAUAGUGCAAGCAGAAAAUGCAAGUAGUUCUCUUCUACAACCAGUUCAAUCAUCAGAGUAAGAUCAAUAUUUUGACCAUACUCAAGCCAUGAUUUUUGAGAAGUUAAACUAUAAAAAAUGUGGAUCUUAAAGCAGAUCCAACGGCAGAAUAGUCACGUCAGCACAUUCCGUGCUAUUAAAACAAACAAUAUAAGUAGUGUAUACGUAAAAUUAAUAAUUACUGAUUUAAAUAUAAUUUUAAGUGCAAUAGGGAUAGGUCCAACUUGGUCUUUAGAUUUGUAAUGAAUGGACUAAUAAACAUUUCGAAAUUAA